AUGAGUGUAGGUUUGGACUUAAAACGUUUUGAGUACUUCAACCCUCCAACAGAUGGCGCGACAGUCAAGCACAAGGCUUGAGCAGAGGGAGGUUCAGGUGGUCAACAGGGGGAGCUGAGCAGCCAGAGCAGGUCUUCUGGGCGCAGGCAGGUACAGGUAACUACCAAAAUAAAGGAAACACCAACAUAAUGUCUUAAUAGGGCAUUGCGCCACCACGUGCCAGAACAGCUUCAAUGCACCUUGGCAUAGAUUGUACAAGUGUCUGGAACUCUAUUGGAGGGAUGCGACACCAUUCUUCCACAAGAAAUUCCAACAUUUGUUGUUUUGUUGAUGGUGGUGGAAAAUGCUGUCUCAGGCACCGCUCCAGAAUCUCCCAUAAGUGUUAAAUUGGGUUGAGAUCUGGUGACUGAGACGGCCAUGGCAUAUGGUUUACAUCGUUUUCAUGCUCAUCAAACCAUUCGUUGACCACUCGUGCCCUGUGGAUGGGGGCAUAGCCAUUGUAGCCAAAAUAAUGGCCUGCCAUGCAUUUUAUACAUGACCCUAAGCAUGAUGGGAUGUUAAUUGCUUAAUUAACUCAGGAACCACACCUGUGUGGAAGCACCUGCUUUCAAUAUACUUUAUAUCCCUCAUUUACUUAAGUGUUUCCAUUAUUUUGGCAGUUACCUGUAGCUCAAGGCAUCUCGCCGGCCACGUCUUCUCCAUAGCGUAGCUAUGUGACGCAACUGUCUGGAUGAGAACCAAAACAAAUUUCAAACGUAUGUCCUUCAACCAUUACUGGAGAUAUUAGGCCUAGAUUGUUUUGAUUUGAAUAGCAUCAAAAAGGUAAACCACUGCCAGCUGUAUGUGCAGUAUAGUAGACAGACAUUGGAAAAUACCAUUAAUAUAGGCCUAGUAAUAUCUGAAAAGGUCAGUAGGUCUGGAGAAUGUGUUUUCAUCCUCUGAGCCAUCGAACACCAGCUUUCUUUUUCAUAGCCUAUAGAAGUCCCAUAGGUUAUCCUCUAUGUUCUGUGUUUAAAAUAGCAAAUGAUUCUUGAAGAUCCGUUCUUUAAUAUUAGAUGUGUAGCUAUGUCCAGUCAAUGAUUGCUGUGUGUAAAGUAUCUGAGACAGUGUCAGUAUGUAGGCUAACAAGAUUGGAUAAUGCUGGAUUAUAUGGUCAGUUGGUCACAGUCAUUAUUACAGUCAGAUGUGGUCAGCACAGAGAGCAUGGUGUAUGAUGACUGACAUACACACCUUCUCUAUAGUGUGUGUGUGUGUGUGUGACAGUGCUUUUGGAUUGCUUUGCAUAAAAAGUGUGAUAACACCCAAGUUGUGGUGAUGGGGCACAGCACUGACCCUGAUAUGCAAAUAAUUGGUGGUUCAGACUCUUGAGAUUGGCCUACCUAUGACAUUGGAUACCAUGAACUCAAAUGGGUGUAUUGUGUCCAAUCUAAUGAUUGAAUUAUAUUGUAUUACUCGCUUGUUAAACCUGAGUCAGUCUCUAAUAACAGUAACGGGAGAUUUGCUUUAUGCUGUGGCUGGGCUAUAGGCUAGUCGGAUAUGCUGUAAUGCUAGUUGAAAUCUUGUUAUUUAGCCUCAAAAGGCUUCUCAAAACUAGGCUUCUGUGAAUGUAUUAGUUGGUAGAGCUGGGCAAUAUGGAUAAAAUAUAUCACAAUUUUCUUCACAUUUUUGACAGUGACGGUAUUUUCUGUUGUUAAAUAAUACAAUUUCUAAAUAUGCUUUAUUAGUAGUUCAUGACCCUAGGGUGGCAACACAUUAUGUGAUUUCAUUGGGGGCUUUCUACAUUUAUACUCUCAACAAAAAUUAUUUUCAGCAUCAAUUUCUGUAUUUCCUGCACUUUUAUUAUAAUUUGCGCACUGUGCCAAGCAGCAUGAUAUGGACAAUAUCUAGUCUUAGUUAAUUGGUGAACUGUUGGAAUCUUGGAAAUAUAAUUAUUCUAAUUCUAUUGUUGGAAUAGAGUGGGCAGGACCUAGAAUACAUUGUUGUUUGACAUGACAAUUCAUUAAUAAGCCAGGGAGGAAUUAUUGACAGGGUAGGGACCAAAGUGUUGGUCAGUGUUUCCAGGUGACCCUAAUUAGAUAUUACAUUACAUGUUUUCUCACUACAUGUAGCUUGCUAGCUAGCCAGCCAACAUAAUCAUGCUUCGCCUAUUCCUCUCUGAUAAGAUACCGUUGCACAAACAUGCUUAUUUAGGCAAAUCAAAUCAAAUUGUAUUGGUCACAUGCGCCGAAUACAACAGGUGCAGACAUUACAGUGAAAUGCUUACUUACAGCCCUUAACCAACAGUAUAUUUAUUUUUAACAAAAAAAGUAAAAAUAAAACAACAACAAAAAAAGUGUUGAGAAAAAAAAGAGCAGAAGUAAAAUAAACCUGGGGGCGGCCCGUCAGGAAGUCCAGGAUCCAGUUGCAGAGGGAGGUGUUUAGUCCCAGGAUCCUUAGCUUAGUGAUGAGCUUAGAGGGCACUAUGGUGUUGAAUGCUGAGCUGUAGUCAAUGAAUAGCAUUCUCACGUAGGUGUUCCUCUUGUCCAGGUGGGAAAGGGCAGUGUGGAGUGCAAUAGAGAUUGCAACAUCUGUGGAUCUGUUGGGGCGGUAUGCAAAUUGGAGUGGGUCUAGGGUUUCUGGGAUAAUGCUGUUGAUGUGAGCCAUGACCAGCCUUUCAAAGCACUUCAUGGCUACAUACGUCAGUGCUACGGGUCGGUAGUCAUUUAGGCAGGUUAUCUUAGAGUCCUUGGGCACGGGGACUAUGGUGGUCUGCUUGAAACAUGUUGGUAUUGCAGACUCAGUCAGGGACAUGUUGAAAAUGUCAGUGAAGACACUUGCCAGUUGGUCAGCACAUGCUCGGAGUACACGUCCUGGUAAUCCGUCUGGCCCUGCGGCCUUGUGAAUGUUGACCUGCUUAAAAGUCUUACUCACAUCGGCUACGGAGAGCGUGAUCACAUAGUCAUCCGGAACAGCUGGUGCUCUCAUGCAUGCUUCAGUGUUGCUUGCCUAGAAGCGAGCAUAGAAGUGGUUUAGCUCGUCUGGUAGGCUUGUGUCACUGGGCAGCUCGCGGCUGUGCUUCCCUUUGUAGUCUGUAAUAGUUUUCAAGCCCUGCCACAUCCGACGAGCGUCAGAGCCAGUGUAGUACGAUUCAAUCUUAGUCCUGUAUUGACUCUUUGCCUGUUUGAUGGUUCGUCGGAGGUCAUAGCGGGAUUUCUUAUAAGCGUCCGGGUUAGAGUCCCGUUCCUUGAAAGCGGCAGCUCUACCCUUUAGCUCAGUGCGGAUGUUUCCUGUAAUCCAUGGCUUCUGGUUGGGGUAUGUACGUACGGUCACUGUGGGGAUGACAUCAUCGAUGCACUUAUUGAUGAAGCCAGUGACUGAUGUGGUGUACUCCUCAAUGCUGUCUGAAGAAUCCUGGAACAUGUUCCAGUCUGUGCUAGCAAAACAGUCCUGUAGCUUAGCAUCUGUGUCAUCUGACCACUUUUUUAUUAACCGAGUCACUGGUGCUUCCUGCUUUAGUUUUUGCUCGGAAGCGGGAAUCAGGAGGAUAGAGUUAUGGUCAGAUUUGCCAAAUGGAGGGUGAGAGAGAGCUUUGUACGAGUCUCUGUGUGUGGAGUAAAGGUGGUCUAGAGUUUUUUUUUUUCCUCUGGUUGCACAUUUAACAUGCUGGUAGAAAUUAGGUAGAACGGAUUUAAGUUUCCCUGCAUUAAAGUCCCCGGCCACUAGGAGCGCUGCAUCUGGAUGAGCGUUUUCCUGUUGAUUUAUGGCCUUGUACAACUCAUUCAGUGCAAUCUUAAUGCCAGCAUUGGUUUGUGGUGGUAAAUAGACAGCUAUGAAAAAUAUAGAUGAAAACUAUCUUGGUAAAUAGUGUGGUCUACAGCUUAUCAUAAGAUACUCUACCUCAGGCGAGCAAAACCUCGAGACUUCCUUAGUAUUUGAUUUUGUGCACCAGCUGUUGUUUACAAAUAUACACAGACUGCCACCCCUUGUCUUACCGGAGUCAACCGUUCUAUCCUGCCGAUGUAGCGUAUAGCCCGCUAGCUGUAUGAUAUCCAUGUCGUCGUUCAGCCACGACUCGGUGAAACAUAAGAUAUUACAGUUUUUAAUAUCCCGUUGGUAGGAUAACCGUAAUCUUAGGUCAUCCAAUUUAUUUUCAAAUGAUUGAACGUUGGCUAAUAGGAUUGAUGGAAGAGGCAGUUUACUCGCUCGCCGUCGGAUCCUUACAAGGCACCCCGAUCUACGUCCACGAUAUCUCCGUCUCUUCCUCACGCGAAUGACGGGGAUUUGGGCCUUGUCGGGUGUCUGUAUGAUAUCCUUCGCGGCCGCCUCGUUGAAGAAAAAAUCUUCGUCCAAUACGAGGUGAGUAAUCGCUGUCCUGAUAUCCAGAAGCUCUUUUUGGUUAUAAGAGAUGAUGGCAGAAACAUUAUUUACAAAAUAAAUUACAAAUAACGCGGAAAAACACACAUAAUAGUACAAUUGGUUAGAGGGCUGUAAAACGGCAGCCAUCUUCUCCGGCGCAGUAUUAUGCUCUGACUCUUUGUUUUUUAUUUUUCUUGUUUUUUUAGGGGGUAGGUCAGCUUUAAUAUUGCAGAUAGAUUGUAACUUCCAUCAAUGUAAACUUCCAAUCCCCAAUAUGUUUUUUUUCUUUUUUUCUCUCGCAUAUAUAUAUAUACACACACACACACACACACACACACACACACACACACACACACAUAUAUAUAUAUAUAUAUAUAUAUAUAUAUAUAUAUAUAUAUAUAUAUAUAUAUAUAUAUAUAUAUAUAUAUAUAUAUAUAUAUAUACACACACAUGCAUACAUACAGUGAGAGAAAAAAGCAUUUGAUCCCCUGCUGAUUUUGUACGGUUGCCCAUUGACAAAGACAUGAUCAGUCUAUAAUUUUAAUAGUAGGUUUAUUUGAACAGUGAGAGACAGAAUAACAAGAAUCCAGAAAAACGCAUGUAAAAAAUGUUAUCAAUUGAUUUGCAUUUUUAAUGAGGGAAAUAAGUAUUUGACCCCUCUGCAAAACCCUUGUUGGCAAUCACAGAGGUCAGAUGUUUCUUGUAGUUGGCCACCAGGUUUGGACACAUCUCAGGAGGGAUUUUGUUCCACUCCUCUUUGCAGAUCUUCUCCAAGUCAUUAAGCUUUCGAGGCUGACGUUUGGCAACUCGAACCUUCAGCUCCCUCCACAUAUUUGCUAUGGGAUUAAGGUCUGGAGACUGGCUAGACCACUCCAGGACCUUAAUGUGCUUCUUCUUGAGCCACUCCUCUGUUGCCUUGGCCGUGUGUUUUGGGUCAUUGUCAUGCUGCAAUACCCAUCCACGACCCAUUUUCAAUGCCCUGGCUGAGGGAAGGAGGUUCUCACCCAAGAUUUGACAGUAUAUGGCCCCAUCCAUCGUCCCUUUUGAUGCGGUGAAGUUGUCCUGUCCCCUUAGCAGAAAAACACCCCCAAAGCAUAAUGUUUCCACCUCCACGUUUGACGGUGGGGAUGGUGUUCUUGGGGUCAUAGGCAGCAUUCCUCCUCCUCCAAACACGACGAGUUGAGUUGAUGCCAAAGAGCUCGAUUUUGGUCUCAUCUGACCACAACACUUUCACCCAGUUCUCCUCUGAAUCAUUCAGAUGUUCAUUGGCACAUUUCAGACGGGCCUGUAUAUGUGCUUUCUUGAGCAGGGGGACCUUGCGGGCCCUGCAGGAUUUCAGUCCUUCACGGCGUAGUGUGUUACCAAUUGUUUUCUUGGUGACUAUGGUCCCAGCUGCCUUGAGAUCAUUGACAAGAUCCUCCCGUGUAGUUCUGGGCUGAUUCCUCACCGUUCUCAUGAUCAUUGCAACUCCACGAGGUGAGAUCUUGGGGCGGCAGGUAGCUUAGUGGUUAAGAACGUUGUGCCAGUAACUGAAAGGUCGCUGGUUCUAAUCCCCGAGCCAACUAGGUGAAAAAUCUGUCGAUGUGCCCUUGAGCAAGGCACUUAACCCUAAUUGCUCAUGUAAGUCGCUCUGGAUAAGAGCGUCUGCUAAAUGACUAAAAUGUAAAAUGUAAACUUGCAUGGAGCCCCAGGCCGAGGGAGAUUGACAGUUCUUUUGUGUUUCUUCCAUUUGCGAAUAAUCGCACCAACUGUUGUCACCUUCUCACCAAGCUGCUUGGCGAUGGUAUUGUAGCCCAUUCCAGCCUUGUGUAGGUCUACAAUCUUGUCCCUGACAUCCUUGGAGAGCUCUUUGGUCUAGGCCAUGGUGGAGAGUUUGGAAUCUGAUUUGAUUGAUUGCUUCUGUGGACAGGUGUCUUUUUAUACAGGUAACAAACUGAGAUUAGGAGCACUCCCUGUAAGAGUGUGCUCCUAAUCUCAGUUCGUUACCUGUAUAAAAGACACCUGGGAGCCAGAAUUCUUUCUGAUUGAGAGGGGGUCAAAUACUUAUUUCCCUCAUUAAAAUGCAAAUCAAUUCAUAACAAUUUUGACAUGCGUUUUUCUGGAUUUUUUUGUUGUUAUUCUGUCUCUCACUGUUCAAAUAAACCUACCAUUAAAAUUAUAGACUGAUCAUGUCUUUGUCAGUGGGCAAACGUACAAAAUCAGCAGGGGAUCAAAUACUUUUUUCCCUCACUGUGUGUGUGUGUGUGUAUAUAUAUAUCUAUAUCUCCUUUAAAAAUAUAUAUAUUUCCCUUUAUUACUUUCCAACCCCACCAUCCCUUCCCUAAUUGGAGUAAAGUAGUGAACAACAACGCUUAGGCCUCUACUUCAUGCUUAUACAUACUAUAUACAUUUUAUGGACACAGUCAAUAAUUAUAUAUUGUUUGUUUUUUUCUCCUGAACUUCCUCUGAUCAUUUUCAUGAUGUCCAUCUGGUAUGCUUCUAUAUGCCAUAUCUUUCUAACUGUGCUCUGACUCUUAGUGCAUUUAGCAAGCUAACUAGCCAUCUAACUAGCGUUUGGCAUUAGCGGCUAACAUAAAUUAUUUUAGCAACACCUUGCUAAGAAACUACAAACUAGCAGACAUUAGUUACACAAACGAAUGGUGUAAUUAUAUAAGGCUUGUGGAAGCAGCAUGUCACCAACAUUGUUGCAUCCAUCUGACCAUUGAGUGAACGGCAAGUGGUCGAGCAACUACUAUCUCCUUGAGUGUCAGGGCUUGGUUUGGUUUAGCAUCAUGCAGCAGCAGGAGGAGAGGGAGAGAGAUGACUCAUGUAGCAAAUGGAGUGAACUAUAAAAAAUGGACAUUAUACACGCCAGAGUUGCGCAUCACAUUUAACAAGGCAAACAUUGAAAUACCAUUAUAGAAGGUAGAAAUUCAUACCGGUCUGCGCAUCAGUACCGGGGUAUAGUAAAAUACGAUAUACCGCCCAGCCCUAUUAGUUUGUGUGUCAGUGUAAUACGAUAUACCGCCCAGCCCUAUUAGUUUGUGUGUCAGUGUAAUGGGCUCUUAGUGCUUGAUCUGUCCUCUCACCCCCCCUCCUCCUCCUCCUCCGGUCCAAGAUAGUCUGGCUGCUUCUGACAAGACUUAUUGCCUCUGAGCACUCUCUCCUUUUUACCGAAGUGGAUACACUCUCACAUACACACAAGCAAAUGCUUGCGCACUGUACACACACAGGGUACACAUACACGAAGGGAGGGAGUAAACUCUGGAAUCCAUCAUUCAACACUGUCGUUGUGUGGCGUGGCAGACUGCUAUCCCUGUUCAGCCUCAGACCAAAGAGCUGUCACUCAAGAGAUCAACUUAAGGUUCUCUGUAAUGGGUGAUAGAACAAGGCAUGCAGAUAGUGUGCUUGAGUGCGUGGCUGGGAGUGUGUGGGUUUUUGUGUAACUGAUUUGGUGCCCGUGUUUGUAAUUGAUGAGAUGGGUGUGUAAGUUGAUGAGAUGCGUGAGUGUGUAAACUGAUGAGAUGUGUGUGUAACCUUAGCUGAUGAAGUGUGUGUGCACCCUGGCUGUUUUGCUGCAGUAGUGGUAAAUGUUUAAUUAUUCAGAGCCCCUAGCAGCCUCUAGGCUGGCCCUGCUGUCUGUAGUCGGUCGUGGGACUGAGACUGCGUCCCAAAUAGACGCAAUACUUUUGACCAGGGCCUAUAGGGUGAGGUGCACUAUAUAGGGAAUAGGGUGCUAUUUAGGACGUAGCCAGAGACAGGGAUUUCCUGCCUCUUAUCUCGCCGCCUGCUUCUCGUUGCUGUUAGCUGCUGGGACGGAGGCUGUUCCUUUAUGGCCAAGAGACUGAGGGAGGGCAAGCUUUUACGCUGACGACAUGAAAAGUCAGCAAAUUUACUGUCGUGGACUGGUACGUGAGGGGGGUGUAAUUGAACCAGUCAAACAGACUAAAGUGAUUGCACUCUCUUUCCUUCUGUCCCUCUCUCUUUCUUUCCCCCUCCCUGCACCUGUAUUUCCCCCCCUCUCUCUCUCCCCUUUCUCUCUCCCUCCUUUUCCUCACCAUUCCCUCUCUCAAUCCCUCUCUCCAGCCAACACAUACUUCUUCAUGGUGCAGGCCCAGGGCAUCAUGUUGAGGGAUAAUGUGAGGACCAUUGGUCAGAUGAUCAGACUCUACGCCAAUAAGAACAGUACCCUCAACGGCACUGGUGAGUUUGAUUGGAGACACCCGUCCCACCAACAUGACACGAUGGGCAGCCAAAUAUCAAAAUAAUGGCCCUUGCUAAAGGGACUGCAGUUGCUGCUAUUUUUCUUCUGAGGUUCUUGUAAUUUUUGGCUGCACUUCGUCACUUUUGUCUAACUGCUGUCUACUCCCAUCCACCUCCUAUCUUAAGCAGCAUUCCUCCCUUAAAAAGUAAAAUCGAGAUAUCAAUUAUACACUUCCCUACUAAUCUAUUUGGACUGUGACACUAAAACAUUUAAUUUGGCUCUAUACUCCAGCAUUUUGGAUUUGAGAUCAAAUGUUUCAUAUGAGGUGACAGUACAGAAUUGACACUUUAUGUAUCUAGUCCCCCCAAUUUUAAGAUGUCAUAAGUAUACUGAGCAAAAAUAUAAAUGCAACUUGUGACAAUUUCAAAGAUUUUACUGAGUUACAGUUCAUAUAAGGAAAUCAGUCAAUUGAAAGAAAUGAAUUAGUCCCUAAUCUAUGGAUUUCACAUGACUGGGUAGGGGUGCAGCCAUGGGUGGGCCUUGGAGGACAUAGGCCCACCUACUGGGAAAGCCAGGCCCAAACAAUCAGAAUUAGUUUUUCCCCACAAAAGAGCUUUAUUACAGACAGAAAUAAUCCUCAGUAGGCUACAUCAAGCUUGUGACUACAAACUUGUUGGAUGCAUUUUGUUUAGGUUGUUUCCGAUUUAUUUUGUGCCCAAUAUAAAUGAAUGGUAAAUAAUAUAUUGACAUUAUGGAGACACUGUUAUUUUAAAUAAGAAUAGAAUAUGUCUCAUUCUACAUUAAUGUGGACGCUACCAUGAUAAUGGAUAAUCAUGAAUGAAUCGUGAAUAAUGAGGAGUGAGAAAGUCAGAGACAUAAAUAUUCCAAAAAAAUACUCCCUCCCCUGUUAUUGGUAAUGGUGAGAGGUUAAGAUGGUCUUGGGGGUAUGAUCUUUGUGCCUCUAACUUUCUCAUACAUCAUUCAUUAUUAUCUGUAAUCAUGGUAGCAUCCACAUUAAUGUAGAAGUGUUAAGAAACAUUCUAUUCUUAUUUACAAUAAAAACAUUAUUUACCAUUCAGGUCUCCUGUAGCUCAGUUGGUAGAGCAUGGCGCUUGCAACAGCAGGGUUGUGGGUUCGAUUCCCACGGGGGGCCAGUAUGAAAAACAGUAUGAAAAAUGUAUGCACUCACUAACUGUAAGUCGCUCUGGAUAAGAGUGUCUGCUAAAUGACUAAAAUGUUUAAAAAAAUAUAUUGGCCACAACAUAAUCUGAAACACAACCAAAACAAUCUGUAAAUGCAUCCAACAAGGUUGUAGAGUCACAAGCUUGAUGUAGUUAUUGUGUGCUAGGUAUUUGGGACCAAAUACUAAACUUUUGACUACUUGAACACGCUUACAGUGCCUUCGGAAAGUAUUCAGACCCCUUGACUUUUUCCACAUUUUGUUACGUUACAGCCUUAUUCUAAAAUGGAUUAAAUAAAGAAGAAUCCUCAGCAAUCUACACACAAUACCCCAUAAUAACAAAGCGAAAACAGGUUUUUAGAAAUGUUUGCAAAUUUAUUAAACUUAAAAAACAAAUACCUUAUUUACAUAAGUAUUCAGACCCUUUGCUAUGAGACUCGAAAUUGAGUUUCUACAACUUAAUUGGAGUCCACCUGUGGUAAAUUCAAUUGAUUGGACAUGAUUUGGAAAGGCACACACCUGUCUAUAUAAGGUCCCACAGUUGACAGUGCAUGUCAGAGCAAAAACAAAGCCAUGAGGUCGAAGGAAUUGUCCGUAGAGCUCCGAGACAGGAUUGUGUUGAGGCACAGAUCUGGGGAAGGGUUACCAAAAAAUGUCUACAGCAUUGAAGGUCCCAAGAACACAGUGGCCUCCAUCAUUCUUAAAUGGAAGAAGUUUGGAACCACCAAGACUCUUACUAGAGCUGGCCGCCUGGCCAAUCUGAGUAAUCGGGGGAGAAGGGCCUUGGUCAGGUAGGUGACCAAGAACCCAAUGGUCACUCUGGCAGAGCUCCAGAAUUCCUCUGUGGAGAUGGGAGAACCUUCCAGAAGGACAACCAUCUUUGCAGCACUCCACCAAUCAAGCCUUUAUGGUAGAGUGGCCAGAUGGAAGUCAUUCCUCAGUAAAAUGGCACAUGACAGCCCGCUUGGAGUUUGCCAAAAGUCACCUAAAGACUUUCAGACCGUGAGACCUUGUCUGAUGAAACCAAGAUUCAACUCUUUGGCCUGAAUGCCAAGUGUCAAGUCUGGAGGAAACCUGGCACCAUCCCUACGGUGAAGCAUGGUGGUGGCAGAAUCAUGCUGUGGGGGUGUUUUUCAGUGGCAGGGACUGGGAGACUAGUCAGGAUCGAGGCAAAGAUUAACAGAGCAAAGUACAGAGAGAUCCUUGAGGAAAACCUGCUCUAGAGCGCUCAGGACCUCAGACUGGGGCAAAGGUUCAUCUUCCUACAGGACAACGACCCUAAGCACAUAGCUGAAUGUCCUUGAGUAGCCCAUCCAGAGCCCGGACUUGAACCCGAUCUAACAUCUCUGGAGAGACCUGAAAAUAGCUGUGCAGCAACGCUCCCCAUCCAACCUGACAGAGCGAGAGGAUCUGCAGAGAAGAAUGGGAGAAACUCCCCAAAUACAGGUGUGCCAAGCUUGUAGCGUCAUACCCAAGAAGACUCGAGCCUGUAAUUGCUGCCAAAGGUGCUUCAACAAAGUACUGAGUAAAGGGUCUGAAUACUUAUGUAAAUGUUUUAUAUAUAUAUAUAUAUAUAUAUAUAUAUUUGUUUUAUUAACCUGUUUUUGCUUUAUCAAUAUGGGGUAUUGUGUGUAGAUUGAUGAGAGAAAAAAACAAGAAUUUAAUACAUUUUAGAAUAAGGCUGUAACGUAACAAAAUGUGGAAAAAGUCAAUGGGUCUGAAUACUUUCCGAAGGCACUCUAUAAGUGAAUUCAUCCAAAUACUUAGGGCCCUCCUGAAUUAUUGGCACCCUAGGUAAAUAUGAACAAAAAAGGCUGUGAUUUUUUUUUUAUUGUUUAUCAGCUUGAUCUUACACUCAAAUAUGUUAUGAUUCUAACCUUUGAGUAAAAAUUGUUCAAAAAUAAUAGUCAUCAAGAAAUAAAAAAAAUUCAAGAACAUGCGUCUCACAUUUGCUGGCACCCCUAGAAAUUCUAAUGAAAAAAAUCUGAUGUAUAUUCCGAUUUUAUGAAUUUACCUGUUAAAGCUCAUCUGAGUUUUUGGGAACUCUUAAGUGGUCAUCCAUUACUUCCUGUUUCACUGGGGUAUAAAUAUGAGGUGACACACAGGCUAAACUCCCUUAGUCAUCCAUCAACAUGGGAAAGGCCAGAGAACACACACAUGAAAUGAGACAAUGUUGUUGACCUUCACAAGUCAGGCAAUGGCUAUAAAAAGAUAGCUACGUGCCUGAAAAUACCCAUCUCCACUAUUAGGGUCAAUAAUUAAGAAAUGUAAAACAAAUGGAGCUGUGAUGAACUUGCCUGGAAGAGGACGCAAGUGUAUUUUGCCUCCACGCACAGUGAGAAGGAUGGUUCAAGUAGCAAAAAAAUCUCCAAGAAUUACAGUUGGAGAAUUGCAGAAGUUAGUUACAUCUUGGGGUCUCCAAAACUACAAUUAGACCUCACCUCCAUGCCAACAAGUUAUUUGGAUGCCAGAAGAAAGCCUCUGCUGUCACCAAACCACAAAUGUAAGUACCUGGAGUUUGCUAAAUGUCAUUGGAACUUUGAUUGGAAUCAGGUUCUAUUGUCUGAUGAGACUAAAAUAUAUAUUUUUGGCAACAAACACCAGAGGUGGGUUUGGCGUAAAAAAGAGCCAUGGUCAUGCAGAAAAUAACCUAAUCCCCACUGUGAAGAAUGGUUCUGGAUCUGUGAUGUUGUGGGGCUGUUUUAUUUCCAAAGGCCCUGGGAACCUUGUUAGGAGUACACCACAUCAGUCACUGGCUUCAUCGAUGACGUCGUCCCCACAGUGACUGUACGUACAUACCCCAACCAGAAGCCAUGGAUUGCAGGCAACAUCCGCACUGAGCUAAAGGGUAGAGCUGCCGCUUUCAAGGAGUGGGACUCUAACCCGGAAGCUUAUAAGAAAUCCCGCUAUGCCCUCUGAACCAUCAAACAGGCAAAGCGUCAAUACAGGACUAAGAUCGAAUCGUACUACACCGGCUCCGAAGCUCGUCGGAUGUGGCAGGGCUUGCAAACUAUUACAGACUACAAAGGGAAGCACAGCCGCGAGCUGCCCAGUGACACAAGCCUACCAGACGAGCUAAAUUACUUCUAUGCUCGCUUCGAGGCAAGUAACACUGAAACAUGCAUGAGAGCAUCAGCUGUUCCGGACGACUGUGUGUACUCCAAGCAUGCGCUGACCAACUGGCAAGUGUCUUCACUGACAUUUCCAACCUCUCCCUGUUUGAGUCUGUAGUACCAACAUGUUUCAAGCAGACGACCAUAGUCCCUGUGCCCAAGAACACUAUGGUAACCUGCCUAAAUGACUACCGACCCGUAGCACUCACGUCUGUAGCCAUGAAGUCCUUUGAAAGGCUGGUCUUGGCUCACAUUAACGCCAUUAUCCCAGAAACCCUAGACACACUACAUUUGCAUACCGCCCCAACAGAUCCACAGAUGAUGCAAUCUCUAUUGCGCUCCACACUGCCCUUUCACACCUGGACAAAAGGAACACCUAUGUGAGAAUGCUAUUUAUUGACUACAGCUCAGCGUUCAACACCAUAAUGCCCUCAAAGCUCCUCACUAAGCUAAGGACCCUGGGACUAAACACCUCCCUCUGCAACUGGAUCCUGGACUUCCUGACGGGCCGCCCCCAGGUGGUAAUGGUAGGGAACAACACAUCUGCCACGCUGAUCCUCAACACAGGGCCCCCUUAGGGGUGCGUUCUCAGUCCCCUCCUGUACUCCCUGUUCACUCAUGACUGCAUGUCUAGGCACGACUCCAACACAAUCAUUAAGUUUGCUGAUGACAGAACAGUGGUAGGCCUGAUCACCGACAACGACGAGACAGCCUGUUGGGAGGAGGUCAGAGACCUGGCCGUGUGGAGCCAGGACAACAACCUCUCCCUCAACGUGAUCAAGACAAAGGAGAUGAUUGUGGACUACAGGAAAAAGAAGAGGACUGAGCACACCCCCAUUCUCAUUGAUGGGGCUGUAGUGGAGCAGCUUGAGAGCUUGGUGUCCACAUCACCAACAAACUAACAUGGUCCAAGCACACCAAGACCGUCGUGAAGAGGGCAUGACAAAACCUAUUCCCCCUAAGGAGACUGAAAAGAUUUGGCAUGGGUCAUCAGAUCCUCAAAAGGUUCUACAGCUGCACCAUCAAGAGCAUCCUGACUGGUUGCAUCACUGCCUGGUAUGGGAACUGCUCGACCUCCGACUGCAAGGCACUACAGAGGGUAGUGCUUAUGGCCCAGUACAUCACUGGGGCUAAGGUUCCUUCCAUCCAGGACUUCUAUACCAGGCGGUGUCAGAGGAAGGCCCUAAAAAUGGUCAGACUCCAGCCGCCCUAGUCAUAGACUGUUCUCUCUGCUACCGCAUGGCAAGCGGUACCGGAGUGCCAUGUCUAGGUCCAAGAGGCUUCUAAACAGCUUCUACCCCCAAGCUAUAAGACUCCUGAACAUCUAAUCAAAUGGCUACCCAGACUAUUUGCAUUGCCCCCCCUCUUUUAUGCUGCUGCUACUCUGUUUAUUAUCUAUGCAUAGUCACUUUAUUAACUGUACCUACAUGUACAUAUUACCUCGACUAACCGGUGCCCCCGCACAUUGACUCGGUACCGGUGCCCCCUGUAUAUAGCCUCGCUAUUGUUGGUUUUACUGCUGCUCUUUUAAUUCUUUGGUACUUUUAUUUCGUAGUAUUUGAUAUUGUCUUUUUUGUGUCUUUUUUGUAUUUUUAUUUUCAUUUUAUUUUUGUAUUCUUUCUUAAAACUCCAUUGUUGGUUAAGGGUUUGUAAGUAAGCAUUUCCCUGUAAGGUCUACACCUGUUGUAUUCGGCGCAUGUGACAAAUACAAUUUGAUUUGAUCAUGGACUCCAUCAAUUACCAUGAGAUUUUAGGCCAAAACCUGUCUGCUUCUGCCAGGAGGCUAAAACUGGGUCGUCGUUGGAUCUUCCAGGAGGACAACGAUCCAAAGCAUACCUCAAAAUCCACACAAAUGGUUCACUGACCAUAGAAUCAAACUUUUGCAAUGGCCAUCCCAGUCCCCUGACCUAAACCCCAUUGAAAACCUGUGGGGUGAGCUGAAGAGGAGAGUCCACAAGUGAGGACCAAGGACUCUGAAGGAUCUGGAGAGUUUCUGUAUGGAGGAAUGGUCUCAAAUCUCUUCCUAUGUGUUCUCCCACCUCAUCAAACAUUAUAGGAGAUGACUCAGAGCUGUUGGCAAAGGGAGGGUGCACAAAGUACUAAAUGCAGGGGUGCCAAUAAUUGUGAUAUUUUACAUUUUAAAAAGUGUUGCAAGCACCAUGCUCUAACAACUGAGCCACACGGAACCAUGCAUGUUUUCGAAUAUAAAAUGUGUUUCUUGAUGACUAUCUUUGAACAAUUUUAACUAAAUUAAAGGUUAGAUUCAUGACAUUUUUUCACAGCCUUUUUUGUUCAUAUUUACCUAGGGUGCAAAUAAUUCAGUAGGGCACUGUAUGACACCUUCAAAUGGGGGGACUAGAUACAUAAAGCGCUUUCAUUUAAAAACUUUCAAACAGAUGUAUCAAAAUGUGGCAUUAUGUACGGUCGCCUUAUAAAACAUUUGUAUAGCCAAAUUAAAAGUUGUCGCUUCACUGUCCAAAUAAAUAUGUAGGAGAGUGUAUACAUGACCUCUCAAUCUUCCCCCUUUUAGGUAGUUAAGAGAGAGAGGGAUCUUGCUGAUUAAUAUGUAGUGUAGGGGAGUAGGCAGUGCUUCAACCAAUAUGAGACGAGGGGCAGCCAAAAAUCACAAGAACGACCCUCACUCUAGCUCCAAUAGAGCUGAUGUUGGUUGAAAUACAGUCUACUCCCCUCCACUACCUAUAAUCAGCAUUAUCCAUCUCUAAGUUACCUAAAAGGGAGAAUAUAGAAAGGUAAUUUUAUACAAUCAAUCAAAAAAUAAAUGUCUUGUUUGUUCCUGUAGAUUACCCAGAUGGCAUUAACUCCAGUGAAUACAUGGCCCAGCCAACCUCAUACCUCCCUGAGAACUUCACAUAUGCCCAGAACCUCCCCUGCCCAGAACGCUUACCUUCUAUGAGUAAGUAACCAGAACGCUUACCUUCUAUGAAUAAGUAACCAGAACGCUUGCCUUCUAUGAGUAAGUAACCAGAACGCUUGCCUUCUAUGAGUAAGUAACCAGAACGCUUGCCUUCUAUGAGUAAGUAACCAGAACGCUUGCCUUCAAACCAUCAAUUUGCCUACUGAGAGAGUAUUUUACCACUGGGUUUUCAAACACAGAGGCACAACAUCAUGAUACGGGAACUCGACAGACCAGACCGGGGUUUGGCAAGUCGCUGGGAGGAGUGAAAAAUGUGUCAUUUUCUCCAAAUCUAAAGACAACAUAGAUUCAAGCCAAUGUCUUAAGUAGCUGAAUCUGUCAUUACUAAAACCUUGUGAAAGUGACAAACGGACAUGAAUUUUUGUCAAAAACAACUUUAUAUCUAAGGAGUGCCUUCUGAUUUAACGGCCUGCACAUGCGCAGUUCUGCUCGACACGACCAUUAGUCCCGAUGACAUGUUUCUGCGCCUGAGCUGUGCUAGCUAACAUCGUGAUCAGAGAUUUCUAUUGGAGAAUCAGUUUCUGCUUAUCUUCAUACUGUACUAUGAUCAGGUCAUGUAACUCUCAUGAGAUAAGCUACUCUUGGCUGUCUCUUUGUGCUUCCUCUUUCUCUUACUAUUUCUCGCUCCUCAUUCUGUCACACUGCCUCUCCCUCUAGGAUGUGUGUGGCUUAUCAUGCCGGUUAGAUCUACAUAUGCACUUUGGUUACAGUUAAACGUAUUGCAUUACCAAUUGUCGCCUCUGUGCUAUCAAUGAAAUCUGAAGACAAAUGGUAGGAGAGUUCCAUGACACAUCCAGUACAAUCAGAAAGUAUUCAGAUCCCUUGACUCCCAAUCUACAUACAAUAAUCCAUAUGAUGAAGCAAAAACAGGUUUUUAGAAAUGUUUGCAAAUGUAUUAUAAAUAAAAACACUGAAAUAUCUCUUCCUAGAGCCUAUGUGAUUACAGCUUCAAGUCUUCUUUGGUAUGAUGCUACAAGCUUGGCACACCUGUAUUUGGGGAGUUUCUCCCAUUCUUCUUUGCAGAUCCUCUCAAGCUCUGUCAGGUUGGAUGGGGAUCGUCGCUGCACAGCUAUUUUCAGGUCUCUCCAGAGAUGUUUCAUUGGGUUCACGUCUGGGCUCUGGCUGGGCCAUUCAAGGACAUUCAGAGACUUGUCCCGAAGCCACUCCUGCAUUGUCUUGGCUAUGUGCUUAGGGUCAUUGUCCUGUUGGAAGGUAAACCUUCGCCCCAGUCUGAGGUCCUGAACGCUCUGGAGCAGGUUUUCCUCAAGGAUCUCUCUGUACUUUGCUCCGUUCAUCAUUCCCUCGAUCCUGACUAGUCUCCCAGUCCCUGCUGCUGAAAAACAUCCCCACAGCAUGAUGCUACCACCCAUGCUUCACCGUAGGGAUGGUGCCAGGUUUCCUCCAGACGUGACGCUUGGCAUUCAGGUUAAAGAGUUCAAUCUUGGACUCAUCAGACCAGAGAAUCUUGUUUUUCAUGGUCUGAGAGUCCUUUAGGUGCCUUUUGGCAAACUCCAAGUGGGCUGUCGUGCCAUUUUACUGAGAAGUGGCUUUCGUCUGGCCAUUCUACAAUAAAGGCCUGAUUUGGUGGAGUGCUGCAGAGAUGGUUGUCCUUCUGGAAGGUUCUCCCAUCUCCACAGAGGAACUCUGGAGCUCUGCCAGAGUGACCAUUGUAGUGACCAAGUUGUAGAAAUAUCUCAAGGAUGAUCAAUGGAAACAGGAUUCACCUGAGCUCAAUUUUGAGUCUCAUAGCAAAGGGUCUGAAUGCUUAUUUAAAUAAGGGAUCUGUUCUUUUUUUUAAAAUACAUUUGCAAAAAUGUCUAAACCUGUUUUCUCUUUGUCAUUAUGGGGUAUUGUGUGUAGAUUGAUGAGGAAAAAGUGUUAUUUAAGGCUGUAACGUAACAAACUGUGGAAAAAGUGAAGGGGUGUGAAUACUUUCCGAAUGCAUUGUACAUACACCCCCCCCCCCCCCCUCUCUGUCCAGUGCUUAGGCCUCGUAUUUUGCUUUUACUUGAAUUUGACUUUAAUCAAAUUUGGUUUACAACAACAGGGUUGGGUCUAUUUCAGCUCUAGCACUACGACUGUGUUCAUCAUGACAAUUCAUCAAUGCGUGAUAUCUUUUUUCUACCCGCAUGGAUUGAAAACCCAUGAUUACUGACAGUAUGACAUAAGGCUAAUUUAUAGUUGCAAAUGUGACAUUUAGUGCCUUCUCUGUAGGCUAUGUCCUUCUAUUCUCCAUAACUGACGUUUGUAAAACAGGUGUGUGUGUGUGUGUGUGUAUUGUGGGUUCUCAGAGGGUCCUAUGGAUGUGAAUAUGACUAAGCAGUCCCUCCAGGAUUUUGCAAUUCUACGCUCAACUUUCUUUGGCAAAACAACAAUUCCCCCCCCAUAUUACACAAAUUGGACAUAUCACUGCACUGUUUCAGCAUAAAACAGUUCAAUCAAAGCAAUAUUACCACAUAAAAUGGUUCAAUCAAGCCACAUGUCAACAAACCUUUUUCUGCGUCAGCACAUAGGCCAAAUGUAAGAAUUGCCGCAGAAAAAUCCAAAUUUUUUGCCCGCAACAAAAAGAAAAGAGAAAAGAAACGUAGUGAAAUCCUGGAGGGACUGACUAAGAUCCCACAGUGUGUGUGUGUGUUUGUUUACUGAAGGUUUAUGUGUAUGUUCUCAGAGGGUCCGAUGGAUGUCAAUAUGACUGAGAUCCCUAUGGAGGAGAUUGAUCUGAAGUUCACUAAGUAUCUGGAUGUUCACUUUGGAGGACACUGGAAACCCAAGGACUGUAAACCACGCUGGAAGGUAUGACUGUUGACAUGGAUUACUGACGAAAUGUGUGUGCUUGUGUGUUUCAGUUAUUUUACUACUGUUAGAUAAUGAAAUUGAACUGUAGCCAUAUUUGUAUACACCUGUGUCUUCUAUUAGAAGCAUAUGAUGUUCUACUUUAUUCUGGUUCUGUCUGCCCUGCUCCCUCUGUAUUAGAUGCACAUGAGCUUAUACAUGCUGUGGGUGUGUCUGACUCUCCUGCUCCCUGUGUAGGUGGCUAUCCUGAUCCCCUUCCGUAACCGCCACGAGCACCUUCCCAUCCUGUUCCAGCACCUCACCCCAAUGCUGCAGAGACAGCGACUGCAGUUUGCAUAUUACGUCGUCGAGCAGGUAACACGGCUUUAAACACGUCUGUAAACAAGUUCUGUUAUUAUUGCACAGAUUUAGUCUCCCUUCUUUCUAUUCAGCCUCUCUACUUUGUCAACUCUGCCACCCACUGGUGAGAAAUGUAGAAUCUAUGAUGUAGAUAGUUUAGCUCACAACGUUGCUCUCUCUUCGACCUCCCCUCUCUCUCCCCUUCUCCUUCUUUCUUUCUCCCUCCCUCCAUCCAUCACUCUCUUUCUCUCUCCCUUCUCAGUUUGUGACCCAGUCAGUGUUAAUUUUGGCACUCUUUUUAAUUUUUUUUAAUUUAGUCUAGUCUUAGUCACAUUUUUGUUAUUCGAAUAAUGAUUUAGUCUAGUUAUUGUCAAAAUGAUGAAAACAGUGGGCCAUUGUCAUCAACUAAAUGGCCUUUUAUUUUAGUCACAUUUUAGUCAUCAAUUUCUUUAUUGCCUCAUUAACCAAUAGUAACCAUAAAUCACUGACUUUGAUGUCCUACCAACAUAUUUUUCGGCAUAACAUCCUAUCGCAUGAUUCUCUUCCCAAAAGCCAAAUUGAAAAAGAUGAGAGAGGCCUGUAAUUUUCAUCAUAGGUACACGUCAACUAUGACAGACAAAAUGAGGAAAAAAAAUCCAGAAAAUCACAUUGUAGGAUUUUUAAUGAAUUUAUUAGCAAAUUAUGGUGGAAAAUAAGUAUUUGGUCAAUAACAAAAGUUUCUCAAUACUUUGUUAUAUACCCUUUGUUGGAAAUGACACAGGUCAAACGUUUUCUGUAAGUCUUCACAAGGUUUUCACACACUGUUGCUGGUAUUUUGGCCCAUUCCCCCAUGCAGAUCUCCUCUAGAGCAGUGAUGUUUUGGGGCUGUCGCUGGGCAACACGGACUUUCAACUCCCUCCAAAGAUUUUCUAUGGGGUUGAGAUCUGGAGACUGGCUAGGCCACUCCAGGACCUUGAAAUGUUUCUUACGAAGCCACUCCUUCGUUGCCCGGGCGGUGUGUUUGGGAUCAUUGUCAUGCUGAAAGAACAAGCCACGUUUCAUGUUCAAUGCCCUUGCUGAUGGAAGGAGGUUUUCACUCAAAAUCUCAUGAUACAUGGCCCCAUUCAUUCUUUCCUUUACACGGAUCAGUCGUCUUUGCACCUCUGUCCUCCACUCGUUACCUGUAUUAAUGGCACCUGUUUGAACUUGUUAUCAGUAUAAAAGACACCUGUCCACAACCUCAAACAGUCAUACUCCAAACUCCACUAUGGCCAAGACCAAAGAGCUGUCAAAGGACACCAGAAACAAAAUUGUAGACCUGCACCAGGCUGGGAAGACUGAAUCUGCAAUAGGUAAGCAGCUUGGUUUGAAGAAAUCAACUGUGGGAGCAAUUAUUAGGAAAUGGAAGACAUACAAGACCACUGAUAAUCUCCCUCGAUCUGGGGCUCCAUGCAAGAUCUCACCCCGUGGGGUCAAAAUGAUCACAAGAACGGUGAGCAAAAAUCCCAGAACCACACGGGGGGACCUAGUGAAUGACCUGCAGAGAGCUGGGACCAAAGUAACAAAGCCUACCAUCAGUAACACACUACGCCGCCAGGGACUCAAAUCCUGCAGUGCCAGACGUGUCCCCCUGCUUAAGCCAGCAUGUCCAGGCCCGUCUGAAGUUUACUAGAGUGCAUUUGGAUGAUCCAGAAGAGGAUUGGGAGAAUGUCAUAUGGUCAGAUAAAACCAAAAUAUAACUUUUUGGUAAAAACUCAACUCGUCGUGUUUGGAGGACAAAGAAUGCUGAGUUGCAUCCAAAGAACACCAUACCUACUGUGAAGCAUGGGGGUGGAAACAUCAUGCUUUGGGGCUGUUUUUAUGCAAAGGGACCAGGACGACUGAUCCGUGUAAAGGAAGGAAAGAAUGAAUGGGGCCAUGUAUCGUGAGAAUUUGAGUGAAAACCUCCUUCCAUCAGCAAGGGCAUUGAAGAUGAAACGUGGCUGGGUCUUUCAGCAUGACAAUGAUCCCAAACACACCGCCCCGGACAACGAAGGAGUGGCUUCGUAAGAAGCAUUUCAAGGUCCUGGAGUGGCCUAGCCAGUGUCCAGAUCUCAACCCCAUAGAAAAUCUUUGGAGGGAGUUGAAAGUCCGUGUUGCCCAGCGACAGCCCCAAAACAUCACUGCUCUAGAGGAGAUCUGCAUGGAGGAAUGGGCCAAAAUAACAGCAACAGUGUGUGAAAACCUUGUGAAAACUUACAGAAAACGUUUGACCUGUGUCAUUGCCAACAAAGGGUAUAUAACAAAGUAUUGAGAAACUUUUGUUAUUGACCAAAUACUUAUUUGCAAAUAAAUUCAUAAAAAAUCCUACAAUGUGAUUUUCUGGAUUUUUUUUCUUCUCAUUUUGUCUGUCAUAGUUGACGUGUACCUAUGAUUAACAUUACAGGCCUCUCUCAUCUUUUUAAGUGGGAGAACUUGCACAAUUGGUGGCUGACUAUACUUUUUUUCCUCACUGUGUGUAUGUGUGUAUGUAUGUAUGUGUAUAUGUGUAUAUGUAUGUAUGUAUGUGUGUGUGUAUAUAUAUAUAUAUAUACACAUACAUACAUACAUACAUACAUACAUACAUACAUACACUGCUCAAAAAAAUAAAGGGAACACUUAAACAACACAUCCUAGAUCUGAAUGAAUGAAAUAGUCUUAUGAAUUACUUUUUUCUUUACAUAGUUGAAUGUGCUGACAACAAAAUCACACAAAAAUUAUCAAUGGAAAUCAAAUUUAGCAACCCAUGGAGAUCUGGAUUUGGAGUCACCCUCAAAAUUAAAGUGGAAAACCACACUACAGGCUGAUCCAACUUUGAUGUAAUGUCCUUAAAACAAGUCAAAAUGAGGCUCAGUAGUGUGUGUGGCCUCCACGUGCCUGUAUGACCUCCCUACAACGCCUGGGCAUGCUCCUGAUGAGGUGGCGGAUGGUCUCCUGAGGGAUCUCCUCCCAGACCUGGACUAAAGAAUCCGCCAACUCCUGGACAGUCUGUGGUGCAACGUGGCGUUGGUGGAUGGAGCGAGACAUGAUGUCCCAGAUGUGCUCAAUUGGAUUCAGGUCUGGGGAACAGGCAGGCCAGUCCAUAGCAUCAAUGCCUUCCUCUUGCAGGAACUGCUGACACACUCCAGCCACAUGAGGUCUAGCAUUGUCUUGCAUUAGGAGGAACCCAGGGCCAACUGCACCAGUAUAUGGUCUCACAAGGGGUCUGAGGAUCUCAUCUCGGUACCUAAUGGCAGUCAGGCUACGUCUGGCGAGCACAUGGAGGGCUGUGCGGCCCCCCAAAGAAAUGCCACCCCACACCAUGACUGACCCACCGCCAAACCGGUCAUGCUGGAGAAUGUUGCAGGCAGCAGAACGUUCUCCACGGCGUCUCCAGACUCUGUCACAUCUGUCACAUGUGCUCAGUGUGAACCUGCAUUCAUCUGUGAAGAGCACAGGGCGCCAGUGGCGAAUUUGCCAAUCUUGGUGUUCUCUGGCAAAUGCCAAACGUCUUGCACGGUGUUGGGCUGUAAGCACAACCCCCACCUGUGGACGUCGGGCCCUCAUACCACCCUCAUGGAGUCUGUUUCUGACCGUUUGAGCAGACACAUGCACAUUUGUGGCCUGCUGGAGGUCAUUUUGCAGGGCUCUGGCAGUGCUCCUCCUGCUCCUCCUUGCACAAAGGCGGAGGUAGCGGUCCUGUUGCUGGGUUGUUGCCCUCCUACGUCUCCUGAUGUACUGGCCUGUCUCCUGGUAGCGCCUCCAUGCUCUGGACACUACGCUGACAGACACAGCAAACCUUCUUGCCACAGCUCGCAUUGAUGUGCCAUCCUGGAUGAGCUGCACUACCUGAGCCACUUGUGUGGGUUGUAGACUCCGUCUCAUGCUACCACUAGAGUGAAAGCACUGCCAGCAUUCAAAAGUGACCAAAACAUCAGCCAGGAAGCAUCUGCAGAACCACUUCUUUAUUGGGGGUGUCUUGCUAAUUGCCUAUAAUUUCCAUCUGUUGUCUAUUCCAUUUGCACAACAGCAUGUGACAUUUAUUGUCAAUCAGUGUUGCUUCCUAAGUGGACAGUUUGAUUUCACAGAAGUGUGAUUGACUUGGAGUUACAAUGUGUUGUUUAAGUGUUCCCUUUAUUUUUUCGAGCAGUGUGUAUAUGUAUAUAUAUAUAUAUAUAUACACAGUGGGGAGAACAAGUAUUUGAUACACUGCUGAUUUUGCAGGUUUUCCUACUUACAAAGCAUGUAGAGGUCUGUAAUUUUUAUCAUAGGUACACUUCAACUGUGAGAGACGGAUUCUAAAACAAAAAUCCAGAAAAUCACAUUGUAUGAUUUUUAAGUAAUUAAUUUGCAUUUUAUUGCAUGACAUAAGUAUUUGAUACAUCAGAAAAGCAGAACUUAAUAUUUGGUACAGAAACCUUUGUUUGCAAUUACAGAGAUCAUACGUUUCCUGUAGGUCUUGACCAGGUUUGCACACACUGCAGCAGGGAUUUUGGCCCACUCUUCCAUACAGACCUUCUCCAGAUCCUUCAGGUUUCGGGGCUGUCGCUGGGCAAUACGGACUUUCAGCUCCCUCCAAAGAUUUUCUAUUGGGUUCAGGUCUGGAGACUGACUAGGCCACUCCAGGACCUUGAGAUGCUUCUUACGGAGCCACUCCUUAGUUGCCCUGGCUGUGUGUUUCGGGUCGUUGUCAUGCUGGAAGACCCAGCCACGACCCAUCUUCAAUGCUCUUACUGAGGGAAGGAGGUUGUUGGCCAAGAUCUCGCGAUACAUGGCCUCAUCCAUCCUCCCCUCAAUCCUACUCAUCCUUCUUCUUCCUCCAAACAUGGCGAGUGGAGUUUAGACCAAAAAUCUCUAUUUUUGUCUCAUCAGACAACAUGACCUUCUCCCAUUCCUCCUCUGGAUCAUCCAGAUGGUCAUUGGCAAACUUCAGACGGGCCUGGACAUGCGCUGGCUUGAGCAGAGGGACCUUGCGUGCGCUGCAGGAUUUUAAUCCAUGACUGCGUAGUGUGUUACUAAUGGUUUUCUUUGAGACUGUGGUCCCAGCUCUCUUCAGGUCAUUGACCAGGUCCUGCCGUGUAGUUCUGGGCUGAUCCCUCACCUUCCUCAUGAUCAUUGAUGCCCCACGAGGUGAUAUCUUGCAUGGAGCUCCAGACCGAGGUUGAUUGACUGUCAUCUUGAACUUCUUCCAUUUUCUAAUUAUUGCGCCAACAGUUGUUGCCUUCUCACCAAGCUACUUGCCUAUUGUCCUGUAGCCCAUCCCAGCCUUGUGCAGGUCUACAAUUUUAUCCCUGAUGUCCUUACACAGCUCUCUGGUCUUGGUCAUUGUGGAGAGGUUGGAGUCUGUUUGAUUGAGUGCGUGGACAGGUGUCUUUUAUACAGGUAGCGAGUUCAAACAGGUGCAGUUAAUACAGGUAAUGAGUGGAGAACAGUGAAAAACUAACAGGUCUGUGAGAGCCGGAAUUCUUACUGGUUGGUAGGUGAUCAAAUACUUAUGUCAUGCAAUAAAAUGCAAAUGAAUUACAUACAAUGUGAUUUUCUGGAUUUUUGUUUUAGAUUCCGUCUCUCACAGUUGAAGUGUACCUAUGAUAAAAAUUACAGACCUCUACAUGCUUUGUAAGUAGGAAUAUCGGCAGUGUAUCAAAUACUUGUUCUCCCCACUGUAUAUACACACACUACCGUUCAAAAGUUUGGGGUCACUUAGAAAUGUCCUUGUUUUCGAAAGAAAAGCAAUUUUUCUGUCCAUUAAAAUAACAUCAAACUGAUCAGAAAUGCAGUGUAGACAUUGUUAAUGUUGUAAAUGGCUAAUGUAGCUGGAACCGGCAGAUUUUUAAUCGACUAUCUACAUAGGCGUACAGAGGCCCAUUAUCAGCAACCAUCAGUCCUGUGUUCCAAUGGCACGUUGUGUUUGCUAAUCCAAGUUUAUAAUUUUAAAAGGGUAAUUGAUCGUUAGAAAACCCUUUUGCAAUGAUGUUAGCACAGCUGAAAACUGUUUUGCUGAUUUUAAAGAAGCAAUAAAACUGGCCUUCUUGAGACUAGUUGAGUAUCUGGAGCAUCAGCAAUUUUGGGUUCAAUUACAGGCACAAAAUGGCCAGAAACAAUUAACUUUCUUAUGAAACUCGUCAGUCUAUUGUUGUUCUGCGAUAUGAAGGCUAUUCCAUGCGAGAAAUUGCCAAGAAACUGAAGAUCUCGUACAACGCUGUGUACUACUCCCUUCACAGGACAGCGCAAACUGUCUCUAACCAGAAUAGAAAGAGAAGUGGGAGGCCCCGGUGCACAACUGAGCAAGAGGACAAAUAUAUUAGUGUCUAGUUUGAGAAACAGACGCCUCACAGGUCCUCAACUGGCAGCUUCAUUAAAUAGUACCCGCAAAUCACCAGUCUCAACGUCAACAGUGAAGAGGCGACUCCAGGAUGCUGAACUUCUAGGCAGAGUUGCAAAGAAAAAGCCAUAUCUCAGACUGGCCAAUAAAAAUAAAAGAUUAAGAUGGGCAAAAGAACAUAGACACUGGACAGAGGAAGAUUGGAAAAGUGUUAUGGACCAGACGAAUCGACGUUUGAGGUGUUCGGAUCACAAAGAACAACAUUUGUGAGAUGCAGACCAAAUAAAAAGAUGCUGGAGGAGUGCUUGAUGCCAUCUGUCAAGUAUGGUGGAGGCAAUGUGAUGGUCUGGGGGUGCUUUGGUGGUGGUAAAGUGGGAGAUUUGUACAGGGUAAAAGAUAUCUUGAAGAAUGAAGGCCAUCACUCCAUUUUGCAACGCCAUGCCAUACCCUGUGAACAGCGCUUGAUUGGAGCCAGUUUCCUCCUACAACAGGACAAUGACCCAAAGCACAGCUCCAAACUAUGCAAGAACUAUUUAGGGAAGAAGCAGUCAGCUGGUAUUCUGUCUAUAAUGGAGUGACCAGCACAGUCACCGGAUCUCAACCCUAUUGAGCUGUUGUGGGAGCAGCUUGACCGUAUGGUACGUAAGAAGUGCCCAUCAAGCCAAUCCAACUUGUGGGAGGUGCUUCAGGAAGCAUGGGGUGAAAUCUCUUCAGAUUACCUCAACAAAUUGACAACUAGAAUGCCUAAGGUCUGCAAGGCUGUAAUUGCUGCAAAUGGAGGAUUCUUUGAUGAAAGCAAAGUUUGAAGGACACAAUUGUUAUUUCAAUUAAAAAUCAUUAUUUCUAACCUUGUCAAUGAGUACAUUUCCUAUGCAUUUUGCUAUAUUUCGUAUUCAAACUCAUUUCAUGUAUGUUUUCAUGGAAAACAAGGACACUUCUAAGUGACCCCAAACUUUUGAACGGUAGUUUGUGUGUGUGUGUGUGUGUAUAUAUGGUAUAUACACACAGUACCAGUCAAAAGUUUGGACACACCUACUCAUUCAAGGGUUUUUCUUUAUUUUGACUCUUUUCUACAUUUUAGAAUAAUUGUAAAACUAUUAAUAACACAUAUGGAAACAUGUAGUAACCAAAAAAGUGUUAAACAAAUGAAAAUAUAUUUUAGAUUCUUCAAAGUAGCCACCCUUGCCUUGAUGACAGCUUUGCACACUCUUGGCAUUCUCUCAACCAGCUUCACCUCGAAUGCUUUGCCAACAGUUUUGAAGGAGUUCCCACAUAUGCUGAGCACUUGUUGGCUGCUUUUCCUUCACUCUGCGGUCCAACUCAUCCCAAACCAUCUCAACUCGUGUCUCCCGAGUGGCGCAGUGGUCUAAGGCACUGCAUCACAGUGCUAGCUGUGCCACUAGAGAUCCUGGUUCGAAUCCAGGCUCUGUCGUAGCCGGCCGUGACCGGGAGACCCAUGGGGCGGCGCACAAUUGGCCCAGCGUCGUCCAGGGUAGGGGAGGGAAUGGCCGGCAGGGAUGUAGCUCAGUUGGUAGAGCAUGGCGUUUGCAACGCCAGGGUUGUGGGUUCCAUUCCCACGGUGGGGCCAGUAUGAAAAAAAAAAAAAAAAUAUAUAUAUAUAUAUAUAUAUAUAUAUAUAUAUAUAUAUAUAUAUAUAUAUAUAUAUAUAUAUAUAUAUAUAUAUUUGUAUGCACUCACUUAACUGUAAGUCGCUCUGGAUAAGAGCGUCUGCUAAAUGACUAAAAUGUAAAUGUAAAAUGUAAAUGUAAUUGGGUUGACUUUGGGUGAUUGUGGACCAGGUCGUCUGAUGCAGCACUCCAUCACUCUCCUUCUUGGUAAAAUAGCCCUUACACAGCCUGGAGGUGUGUUGGGUCAUUGUCCUGUUGAAAAAUAAAUCAUAUUCUGAGGCUGGUAACUCUAAUGAACUUAUCCUCUGCAGCAGAGGUAACUCUGGGACUUCCAUUCCUGUGGAGCCAGUUUCAUCAUAGCGCUUGAUGGUUUUUGUGACUGCACUUAAAGAAACUUUAAAAGUUAUUAAAAUGUUCCGUAUUGACUGACCUUCAUAUCUUAAAGUAAUGAUGGACUGUCAUUUCUCUUUGCUUAUUUGAGCUGUUCUUGCCAUAAUAUGGACUUGGUCUUUUACCAAAUAGGAUUAUCUUCUGUAUACCACCCCUACCUUGUCACAACACAACUGAUUGGCUCAAAUGCAAAUGAACUUUUAACAAGGCCUGUUAAUUGAAAUGCAUUCCAGGUGACUACCUCGUGAAGCUGGUUGAGAGGAUGCCAAGAGUGUACAAAGCUGUCAAAGGCAACGAGUCGGGAGUUUACAUACACCUUAGCCAAAUAUAUUUAAACUCAGUUUUUCACAAUUCCUGACAUUUAAUCCUAGUAACAAUUCCCUAUCUUAGGUUAGUUAAGAUCACCACUUUAUUUUAAGAAUGUGAAAUGUCAGAAUAAUAGUAGAGAGAAUGACCUAUUCAUCUAACGAAACAGGCCCAGGGGCUGGGCAUACACUGUCAUUAAAGGAAUCAUUAGGAUAAUGCACUUUUACUGUUUGAACAAAUCAUGAUUUUAGCAGCCAAAAAUUUGAAGUUUUGAAACUUAGUAGUGAGGUGACCUUGUAAUAAAUGUUCAGCUCGCACUGAUGCGAUCAACAUUUUUUUAAACUCUCACAGCCAAGUCAAAUGGUCGCAAAACGUGACUGAAUGGUUGCAGUCUGGAGCCCUGCCCCUUGACAUGAUAUAGCUAUAUUCUAAUCAAAGUUCUCUCAUAGGUAGUGGUCUGAUAGGUUGCAGCAAACUAAUUAGCUAGCAUUAUUUAUCUCUUAUUACCUGAGCGUAUAUAUUGGAAUGAUGCGCUUUCUGAUGUCUCUUGAGGUUGGUAGUAUUUUUCCCUGUCAGAUUGUAGGUGCAAACACUCUCUUCUCCCAUGGAAACGUUGCAUUCGGUCUUGUUUGAAUCGACAUGAUAAGUAAAGUGGCUCCAAACAUCGACCUUUUUCUACCGGGAGCUUGUACCAUAAGGAGAGUAGCCAUGGCGUGUGCCUUAUUUGCAUCAAUGAUUUGUUUGUCAGCCAGAUUGGAGAACGGUUGCCGGGUAGAGAGGUGACUCGUGAAUGACCUGGGCAUGAUAUUUAUUUUCUACCGCAUUGCAACAUUGCGAUCAGAAAUCCUUACAAUUCUGCUAAUGUCAUGCAUGCUUUUGAUUGGACCAAACGAAGAACACUGAAAAGCUCUCAAUCUCUCCAAAAACUCUUGUACAGUCCACUUACUAGUCAGAUUUUAGUCACAGAGAGAGUCUCAUUUUCGUCAACCGAAGUGAAAAAUCAGUUUUGUUUAGUUAUAGUUUUUUCUGGGUCUAUUUAGUCAGUUAUGGGCUUGUCAAUUGCCACUGAAAAAUAGGUGUUUGACAAAUAUUUCCGUUACUAUUUUUGUUGACAAAAUGUGACACUGGACCAGCCCUUCAAUAGGGCCAUGUUGUUUAACAUGGUUUAGGGUUAGUCUAACUCUUCUCUCUCCCUCCAUCAGUCUGGUACCCAGCCGUUCAACAGAGCAAUGUUGUUUAACGUGGGUUUCCUGGAAGCCAUGAAGGAUCUGGACUGGGACUGUCUGGUGUUCCACGAUGUCGACCACAUCCCAGAGAACGACCGUAACUACUACGGCUGUGGUCAGAUGCCUCGCCACUUCGCAGCCAAACUGGACAAGUACAUGUACCUGUAAGUCAUGGCUUAAAUCAGUCCGGAAUUGGCGAAAAAUUGCAAAAUGCUAUUUUUCAGCAAAUAUCCUACAAUUCUAUAUAUUUCUCCAUGUAGCUUAGAGAACAUUUUGCAGCGUGAAAGCAGAUUUCCUGCAAUUCUGAGCAUUUUGUCAUGGCUAAUUUUGUAUUCUAAUGCUCAAACAUUAUAAAAAAUAAAUAAAUGGGACCCUGAUGGCGAGUGCACCAUCAGUAAUCCAGCUAUGCCAAACAUACUCCUAAAUUCAUUGUUUUUAGAAGUUUUCAUUCUCCCUGAAUGUCUUGCUUUUAUUUUGGUGAUUUCUAGUUCCUCAACGAAUAUUUAAAAAAAAUAUAUAUGUCAAUUAUUUUUUCUACAUACUUUAGUCAUACUUUAGUCAUUUAAGUUUACACUUAGUGUUUUUCCAAUCCAGAAAAUGUAUUUCUAAAAAUUAUAAUAAUAAUCAUUAUUAUUCAUUUUUUGGUGUGGCGGCAACAAUUCAGCAGCGGCGGUGCGCUGCUGCUAAAUGAAUACAGGGGAAACACUGUGGUCCUGGAGUAAGGCUUAAUUUAUGAACAGAUUUUCCCCUCUGGUUAUGUGUGUCUCUUCUAAAUUUGCAGACUGUAUGGUAAAUUGUCUGAAAACAUAAUUGUGGGUCUGUGUGUCUGUGUGUUGUAUCACAGACAGACUUGUUCUUUUGUUACCUGGUUGCUUUCCUGUGAUACUGACUGGUAAGGUCUCUCUCUUUCUUUUUCCUUUCUGUCGUUUCGUUCAAAACUCAAUCUUUCCCCAGGCCAAGCUAGGCUAUGUUGUCUGUUCUCUGUCCGUGUUGAAUGUGUGGUGCGCGUGUUACAAGUGUGUGUCCCGUGUGUGUGUAACACUGUGUGUGUUGUCCACAGACUACCCUAUAGUGAGUUCUUUGGGGGCGUGAGUGGACUCACAGUGGAACAGUUCCGCAAGAUUAACGGCUUUCCCAAUGCAUUCUGGGGCUGGGGAGGAGAGGACGAUGACCUUUGGAACAGGUCUGUUAGUGUGUGUCUGCGUGCGUGCGCCUGUGUGUGUUUGAGAGAGACAAAUCUGUUAUCUGAUUGGGUAACUUAAUGAAAGGGUUUGUUUGUCCCUCUCUCUCAUAGAGUGCACUAUGCUGGUCUGAACAUCACAAGGCCGGAGGGAGAAAUGGGUAAAUACAAGUCCAUCCCACACCACCACCGGGGAGAGGUGCAGUUCCUGGGCAGGUUAGUACAUGCAUGCUAGCAGUGCAUAGCAGGCGCCGUCACCAUGUCAAAGAAUGUUUACCUAACGUUAACUCAAACAUCACAUUAGCUUAACUCUGUCAAUGCAGCGUUGCUCCAGGAAGUCCUUGUUAUAUGUGGUAUUCAUGAGAAUACACUACAUGACCAAAAGUAUGUGGACACCUGCUAGUCGAACAUCUCAUUCCAAAAUCAUGGGCAUUAAUAUGGAGUUGGUCCCCCGUUUGCUGCUAUAACAGCCUCCACUCUUCUAGGAAGGCUUUCCACUAGAUGUUGGAACAUUGCUGCAGGGACUUGCUUCCAUUCAGCCACAAGAGCAUUAGUGAGUUUGGGCACUGAUGUUGGGUGAUUAGGCCUGGCUCGCAGUCGGCGUUCCAAUUCAUUCCAAAGGUGUUCGAUGGGGUUGAGGUCAGUGCUCUGUGCAGGCCAGUCAAGUUCUUCCACACCGAUCUCGACAAACCAUUUCUGUAUGGACUUCACUUUGUGCAAGGGGGCAUUGUCAUGCUGGAACAGGAAAGGGCCUUCCCCAAACUGUUGCCACAAAGUUGGAAUCACAGAAUCGUUUAGAAUGUCAUUGUAUGCUGUAGGGUUAAGAUUUCCCUUCACUGGAACUAAAGGGCCUAGCCCAAACCAUGAAAAACAGCCCCAGACCAUUAUUCCUCCUCCACCAAACUUUACAGUUGGCACUAUGCAUUCGGGCAGGUAGCGUUCUCCUGACAUCCGCCAAACCCAGAUUAGUCCGUCGGACUGCCAGAUGGUGAAGAGUGAUUCAUCACUCCAGAGAACGCGUUUCCACUGCUCCAGAGUCCAAUGGCGGCCAGCUUUACAUCACUCCAGCCGACGCUUGGCAUUGCGCAUGGUGAUCUUAGGCUUGUGUGCGGCUGCUCGGCCAUGGAAACCCAUUUCAUGAAGCUCCCGACGAACAGUUAUUGUGCUGACAUUGCUUCCCGAGGCAGCUAGGAACUUGGUAGUGAGUGUUGCAACCGAGGACAGAUUAAUUUUACACGCUUCAGCACUCGGCGGUCCCGUUCUGUGAGCUUGUGUGGCCUACAACUUCGCGGCUGAGCCGUUGUUGCUCCUAGACAUUUCCACUUUACAAUAACAGCACUUGCAGUUGACCGGGGAAGUUCUAGCAGGGCAAAAAUUUGAAAUUACUUGUUGGAAAGGUGGCAUCCUAUGACUGUGCCAUGUUGACAGUCACUGAACUCUUGAGUAAGGCCAUUCUACUGCCAAUGUUUGUCAAUGGAGAUUGCAUGGCUGUGUGCUCGAUUUUAUACCCCUGUAAGCAACGGGUGUGGCUGAAAUAGCCAAAUCCACAAAUUUUAAGGGGUGUCCACAUACUUUUGUAUAUAUGGUGUACCUAAAACAGUCCCUUGCUUUAAAAAUCUCAAGGUAGUGAUCGCUGUUAAUCCUACUACUUGAGUGCAGCUGUUCCUCAUCUCUAUCGCCCUUUGCUGGCAGGAGUAAGUAACUGCAUUUAUAUUUUAUUUCAGUACUAUCAACCUUUCCCUGUAUCCAGCCAUCCAGACUUUCUGAUGUUUUACUUCACAUUGUAUGUACUAAAAGUAGUGCACUAUAUAGGGAAUUGAAUGUACCCCAGGUACUGGAAUAUUCAUCUGUUUAAUUUGUAUUAAUUUUAUUUAUUUAUCUCAACACAAUUUUGUGUUCACUGUAGCCUUGGUGCAACCACAGAGCUAUGAUUGUUAGAAUAAGAGUUGCUUACCUUCCAGGCCUAGUGUCAGUUGUUUUGUGUUUGUGUUUGCUGUGCAAGCAUUGAGUUAACUCCCUAUUCGUUGGCCAAGUCCCUUUCGCCCUGUUGACAGUCAUAGGUCCCUUUUAACAUAACAGUCACCCAGGUCUCAUCCUCAUACAGUCCCCAGAGUAACUCUGCACUAGAGGGCUAUGAGGGAAACCUUCAGCAUGGUAGAGAGUUCAAUCAAUCAAUCAAUUUUAUUUUAUAUAGCCCUUCUUACAUCAGCUAAUAUCUCGAAGUGCUGUACAGAAACCCAGCCUAAAACCCCAAACAGCUAGUAAUGCAGGUGUAGAAGCACGGUGGCUAGGAAAAACUCCCUAGAAAGGCAAAACCUAGGAAGAAACCUAGAGAGGAACCAGGCUAUGAGGGGUGGCCAGUCCUCUUCUGGCUGUGCCGGGUGGAGAUUAUAACAGAACCAUGCCAAGAUGUUCAAAAAUGUUCAUAAGUGACAAGCAUGGUCAAAUAAUAAUCAGGAAUAAAUCUCAGUUGGCUUUUCAUAGCCGAUCAUUAGAGUUUAAAACAGCAGGUCUGGGACAGGUAGGGGUUCCAUAACCGCAGGCAGAACAGUUUAAACUGGAAUAGCAGCAAGGCCAGGCGGACUGGGGACAGCAAGGAGUCACCACGGCCGGUAGUCCCGACGUAUGGUCCUAGGGCUCAGGUCUCUCAGUUGGCUUUUCAUAGCCGAUCAUUUAGAGUUGAAAACAGCAGGUCUGGGACAGGUAGGGGUUUCGUAGCCGCAGGCAGAACAGUUGAAACUGGAAUAGCAGCAAGGCCAGGCGGACUGGGGACAGCAAGGUGUCAUCAUGCCCGGUAGUCCUGACGUAUGGUCCUAGGGCUCAGGUUCUCAGAGAGAAAGAGAGAACGAGAGAAUUAGAGAGAGCAUACUUAAAUUCACACAGGACACUGGAUAAGACAGGAGAAGUACUCCAGGUAUAACCAACUAACCCCAGCCCCCCGACACAUAAACUACUGCAGCAUAAAUACUGGAGGCUGAGACAGGAGCGGUCCGGAGACACUGUGGCCCCAUCCGAAGAAACCCCCGGACAGGGCCAAACAGGAAGGAUAUAACCCCACCCACUCCGCCAAAGCACAGCCCCCGCACCACUAGAGGGAUAUCCCCAACCACCAACUUACAAUCCUGAGACAAGGCCGAGUAUAGCCCACAGAGGUCUCCACCACAGCACAAACCAAGGGGGGGGGGGGCGCCAACCCAGACAGGAAGAUCACGUCAGUAACUCAACCCACUCAAGUGACGCACCCCCCCCAGGGACGGCAUGAAAGAGCACCAGCAAGCCAGUGACUCAGCCCCUGCAACAGGGUUAGAGGCAGAGAACCCCAGUGGAGAGGGGAACCGGCCCGGCAGAGACAGCAAGGGCUGUUCGUUGCUCCAGCCUUUCCGUUCACCUUCACACUCCUGGGCCAGACUACACUCAAUCAUAUGACCUACUGAAGAGAUAAGUCUUCAGUAAAGACUUAAAGGUUGAGACCGAGUCUGCGUCUCUCACAUGGGUAGGCAGACUGUUCCAUAAAAAUGGAGAUCUAUAGGAGAAAGCCCUGCCUCCCGCUGUUUGCUUAGAAAUUCUAGGGACAAUUAGGAGGCCUGCGUCUUGUGACCGUAGCGUACGUAUUGGUAUGUACGGCAGGACCAACUCGGAAAGAUAGGUAGGAGCAAGCCCAUGUAACGCUUUAUAGGUUAACAGUAAAACCUUGAAAUCAGCCCUUGCCUUAACAGGAAGCCAGUGUAGGGAAGCUAGCACUGGAGUAAUAUGAUCAAAUUUCUUGGUUCUAGUCAGGAUUCUAGCAGCCGUAUUUAGCACUAACUGAAGUUUAUUUAGUGCUUUAUCCGGGUAGCCGGAAAAUAGAGCAUUGCAGUAGUCUAACCUAGAAGUAACAAAUGCAUGGAUUAAUUUUUCUGCAUCAUUUUUGGACAGAAAAUUUCUGAUUUUUGCAAUGUUACGUAGAUGGAAAAAAGCUGUCCUUGAAACAGUCUUGAUAUGUUCGUCAAAAGAGAGAUCAGGGUCAAGAGUAACGCCUAGGUCCUUCACAGUUUUAUUUGAGACGACUUUACAACCAUCAAGAUGAAUUGUCAGAUUUAACAGAAGUUCAGAUGCAGGGAAAGAGGGACAGAGGAGGAGAGAGGGCAGAAGAGAGUUUCUCUCUUUGGGUUAGAGUUUUCCUUCUGCAACUAGAGUACAAGCUCCUCCAGAUAGCUUUAAUGCUAAUGAAUCAGCUUACACUAACUAAAGGAUCCCCCUGGUUUCAUUAUGCAAAAGCUAACUAUGGAUCUCCCUAAUGUCAUUAGCAUUAAUGCUAACUAAGGAUCCCUGUGGUGGUGUGUAGAAUUGGAUUCAUUACUGUCAAUGCUAACUGCUAACUAGGCUAAUCCCCUUUCCUCUCCUCUCACUGUGACUCCAGGUAUAAUAGCUAACUGCUAGCUUAUCCUCCUCUCCCUGUGACUGCACCUGAAAUGGCACCCUGUUUCCUACACAGUUACCUACUUUUGAUCAGGGCCCCUAGGGAAUAAAUAUUUAUAUGUAGGGAAUAGGGUGCCAUUUCGAGCUGUGACUGCCGGUAUAAAUGCUAACUGCUAGCUAAUCCUCCUUCCCCUUCCUUUCCUCUCUCUGCAGGUACAAGCUGCUGAGGUAUUCCAAAGAGAGGCAGCACCUGGAUGGUCUGAACAACCUCAACUACACCCCUGAGAUCUCCCUGAGCUCCCUGUAUAAGAACAUCACCGUGGACCUGCACCCCGAUCAGGCCCCCAUCGCAGACUACUGA